GGUGGCAGCAGCAGCGUCAGCAGCAGCAUGGGGAACCAGGACGCGAAGCCGAAGAGGAGCGCAGGCGAUGCCCUGCACGGAGGCGGAGGCGGCGGCGGCGAGGACGCUGCCGGGCCCCGCGAUGCGGAGGGCACAAAGAAGGGGGGCGGGGGCAAGAAGGCGCCGGGCAGGCACGGCAAGGGGGGCGGCGGCGGAGAGCCUGGCAGGAAGAAGAGCAAGUCGGACCCCAGGGCCUCGGUCUUUUCCAACCUGCGGAUCAGGAAGACCCUGACUAAGGGUAGAGGUGCCGGUGGCUCACGUGAGGAUGUGCUGGAGCCCCAGGCCCUGCAGGCUGGGGAGCUGGACAGCGCCCACUCCUUGGUCACCAAAACCCCGGACCUAAGCCUCUCAGCCGACGACACAGGCCUGUCAGACACCGAGUGUGCCGACCCUUUCGAGGUGACACGUCCCCGGGGGCCCGGGUCGGCUGAGGCCGGGGGCCCGGCGGUCGCCGAGAAUUCGGAGACUGCGGCAGGGGCGCAGGAUGGACAAAGGACCAGUUCAGGCUCGGACACAGACCUUUACAGCUUUCACUCGGCUACGGAGCAGGAGGAUUUGCUCUCAGAUAUACAGCAGGCAAUUCGCCUUCAGCAGCUGCAGCAGCAGCCCCAGAGCCCCGAGUCACCCGCAGCGUCGCCCCCUUCCGCCCCUUACCAGUUCGGGGCCCUGCUGGGCCUGGAACGACCCCUGCCGGGCCCCAGCGCCGAGCAGACGCCGUCCGCGCGUCCCGACCAGCCCCCGGCCCCAGACUUGUUGUCUGCGUCCGCCGCCCUUCCGUCUCCUGAGUCUGCUCCUGGGGAGCCCUCGGCCGGAGUCCCUCUGCGAGGGGCAGGGGACACUGACGAGGAAGGCGAGGAGGAUGCUUUCGAGGACGCCCCCCGAGGCUCUCCGGGGGCGGAGUGCGACCUGGCGGAGAGAGAGGCCCUGCAGAGGCCCGGGGUACCGCGCGAGGAGGGCGCGCCGAGGCCCGGCGCCCCCACGGCCGCCUCCCUGCCCGGCAGUCCGGCGCGCAGCCCACGCUGUCUCCGGUCUCGUCCGCUUCUCGCCCCCUGCUACGUCAGGACCACCACCCGGCAGCUCAGUUCGCCCGGACCCUCACCGUCUGCGUCCCCCAGCCACAGCCCAAGGGUCCAGAGACGGCCGGAGUCCUCCCUGGGCCGGGAUUCAGGAGCCGUCACGGCCCCCGCGGCCGCCCGGGCCAGGAAGCCCCGCGCGGGCCGCAGCCGCUCGGCUGACUGGACAGCCGAGCUGGGCCGCGCGCCGGGUGUCGGGGGCUCAGCUCACCUGCCGCAGCGAGGGGCUGGCGGCCUCCAGGACGUGUUCGCAGGGCGAACUCUGUUGGAGAAGCUGUUCAGCCAGCAGGAGAACGGGCCUCCAGAAGAAGCAGAGAAGUUUUGCUCACGGAUCAUUGCUAUGGGUCUCCUUCUUCCUUUCAGUGACUGCUUCAGGGAACCGUGCAGUCAGAAUGCUCAGUCAAGCUCAGCUCCGUUUGAUCAAGAUCAGCUUUACACCUGGGCUGCAGUUAGCCAACCCACACACUCACUGGAUUAUGUAGAAGGACAGUUUCCCAGGCGAGUACCGUCUGCUUGGCCACCACCUAAACCUCCUGAUGAAGAACACAGGCCUAAGGAUGCUGACACAGAAUCUCAGUCUGCUGUUUUAGAAACUCCGAAAAAAUGUUCAGAUGCUGUUCAGCAGGAAGUUUGUGACAUGAAGUCUGAGGGACCGGCAACUGUCAUUCAGCAGCUGGAACAGACUAUUGAGGAUCUGAGGACCAAAAUCGCUGAGUUAGAGAAGCAGUACCCUCCUGCAGACAUGGAAGGGACCGUGGGCCCUCAUGGGGUUCCAAAUGGAAUGGCACCCCCAGAAGACAUCUGUCUUGAAGCUCUCAGGUUAGGAGAAAAGGAUGUGCAGCAUCAAAGGAUUUUACAGGCAAAGUCUAUCCAGACGUCCCCAGUAGAAGAGGGCGGGACACUGACACUGACUUCUGUGAGUGCGCUGCCGGAGUGCCUCCCGCACACACCUUGGGCUGAAAGCGGAAACUCAGCGGUGCCGUCCUCACCUUCUAGACCUCAGACCAAAUUCUGUUCAGAGAUUUCUUUGGUUGUGUCUCCAAGGCGAAUAUCAGUGCAGCUCGAUGCACCUCAGUCCCUCCAGCCUUCGCCACCUCCAUCCCUCCCUUGGUCUGUUGGUCAAGGACAGGCCGGGUCACGGCCUUCUCUUCAUACUGAAUUUGAAACCAGCCAUGAGCACUCUGUUUUCCCCUCCUCUGAAAAUAGCCAAAACCUCCCACUCACACCACCUCUGCCUUGCAUAGAGUCCUCCAGCGCCAUGCCUGGCCUGGGCAUGGCAACUCCCCCAUCACUUUCUCCCCCUGGCACAUUAGGGCCCGCUCUGCCCAGCACAGCAGUUCCCUCACCUCCUCCUCUGCCUGGUCCAGAGAUGCUGCCACACUCUCCCCAGGCUUUGCCAGGAGUGGGAAUACCUCGCCCCCCUCUUCCUGGAAUGGGAAUCCCCACUCCCCCACCUUUGCCAGGAGUGGGAAUACCUCCUGCCCCCCCUCUUCCUGGAAUGGGAAUCCCCCCUCCCCCACCUUUGCCAGGAGUGGGAAUACCUCCUGCCCCCCCUCUUCCUGGAAUGGAUCCCCCUCCCCCGCCUUUGCCAGGAGUGGGAAUACCUCGCCCCCCUCUUCCUGGAAUGGGAAUCCCCACUCCCCCGCCUUUGCCAGGAGUGGGAAUACCUCCUGCCCCCCCUCUUCCUGGAAUGGGAAUCCCCCCUCCCCCACCUUUGCCAGGAGUGGGAAUACCUCCUGCCCCCCCUCUUCCUGGAAUGGGAAUCCCCCCUCCCCCGCCUUUGCCAGGAGUGGGAAUACCUCCUGCCCCCCCUCUUCCUGGAAUGGGAAUCCCCCCUCCCCCACCUUUGCCAGGAGUGGGAAUACCUCGCCCCCCUCUUCCUGGAAUGGGAAUCCCCGCUCCCCCACCUUUGCCAGGAGUGGGAAUACCUCCUGCCCCCCCUCUUCCUGGAAUGGGAAUCCCCCCUCCCCCACCUUUGCCUGGAAUGGGAAUACCUCCUGCCCCCCCUCUUCCUGGAAUGGGAAUCCCCCCUCCCCCACCUUUGCCUGGAAUGGGAAUACCUCCUGCCCCCCCUCUGCCAGGUGAAGGAAUACCUCCUGCCCCCCCUCUUCCUGGAGUGGGAAUUCCUCCUGCUCCCCCUCUUCCUGGAGUGGGGAUACCUCCUCCCCCUCCUCUGCCAGGUGAAGGACUACCUCCUGCCCCCCCUCUUCCAGGAGUUGGGGUCCCUCCCCCUCCUCCUUUGCCAGGUAUGGGGAUUCCAGCUCCUCCCCCUCCUCCUCCUCCUGGAACAGGCAUCCUGCUACCCCCACCACCCCCUCUGCUUCCUGGAUCAGGCCUUCCUCUCCCACCACAAGUCGGGAGUAGCACUUUACCAACACCGCAAGUGUGUGGAUUUCUUCCUCCUCCGUUGCCAACUGGCUUGUUUGGAUUAGGAAUGAACCAGGACAAAGGGAGUAGGAAACAGCCAAUAGAGCCUUGUCGGCCAAUGAAGCCUCUGUAUUGGACAAGAAUUCAACUUCAUAGUAAAAGGGAUUCCAGUGCUUCACUUAUUUGGGAAAAAAUUGAAGAACCAUCCAUAGAUUGUCAUGAAUUUGAGGAAUUAUUUUCUAAAACUACAGUAAAAGAAAGGAAGAAACCUAUUUCCGACACCAUCACAAAGACCAAGGCUAAACAAGUUGUCAAGUUACUAAGCAACAAAAGAUCACAAGCAGUUGGAAUAUUGAUGUCUAGCCUUCAUUUAGAUAUGAAAGAUAUACAGCAUGCUGUCGUGAACCUGGACAAUUCUGUUGUUGACCUGGAGACCCUUCAAGCUCUCUAUGAGAAUAGAGCACAGUCAGAUGAACUGGAAAAAAUUGAAAAGCAUGGCCGGUCCUCCAAAGACAAGGAGAAUGCCAAGUCUCUGGACAAACCUGAGCAGUUCCUUUAUGAACUAUCACUAAUCCCCAACUUUUCAGAGCGAGUCUUUUGCAUCCUGUUCCAGUCCACAUUUUCAGAAAGCAUUUGCUCAAUUCGUCGCAAACUGGAAUUGCUACAGAAAUUGUGUGAGACAUUAAAAAAUGGCUCAGGGGUUAUGCAGGUUUUGGGUUUGGUGCUUGCCUUUGGCAACUACAUGAAUGGUGGAAAUAAGACUCGGGGACAGGCAGAUGGUUUUGGAUUAGACAUUCUUCCGAAGCUGAAAGAUGUCAAAAGCAGUGACAAUAGCAGAAGCCUUCUGUCAUAUAUCGUGUCCUAUUAUCUUCGUAAUUUUGAUGAGGAUGCUGGGAAGGAACAGUGUGUGUUUCCACUGCCUGAACCCCAGGACCUCUUUCAGGCCUCGCAGAUGAAGUUUGAAGAUUUUCAAAAAGACCUCAGAAAACUAAAGAAAGACCUGAGAGCCUGUGAGGUUGAAGCAGGGAAAGUGUACCAGGUAUCCUCACAAGAACACAUCCAGCCUUUCAAAGAAAACAUGGAACAGUUUAUUAUUCAAGCUAAAAUUGACCAAGAAGCAGAAGAGAACUCAUUGACAGAGACUCAUAAAUGCUUUUUGGAGACCACAGCAUAUUUCUUCAUGAGACCAAAAAUCGGAGAGAAGGAGGUGUCCCCAAAUGUUUUCUUCAGUAUCUGGCAUGAAUUCAGCUCUGACUUUAAAGACUUUUGGAAGAAAGAGAACAAACUUAUUCUACAAGAGAGAGUAAAAGAAGCCGAAGAGGUGUGUAGGCAGAAAAAGGGAAAAUCACUUUAUAAAAUAAAACCAAGGCACGACUCUGGAAUCAAAGCAAAAAUAAGCAUGAAAACCUAAAUAACAAAAAGCAAAAUGAAAACAAGUGACUGCAACCACUUCCACAGAAUUCAGCCAACCUGAGGGCAAGAAGGAAACUCAUCAUUUUGAUCAUUUUUCUUCUUGACCUAGUAUAUAAUCUUUGUGUUUUCCAGACAGUUAGUUCACUGAUUGUUGAAUUUUACUGAAAAAGCAGUAGGCCAGUGGAGAAUUUGACACCUUUUCUUUUUGUAAAAGUUUAUGGUUAUUAUACCGAUAGACCAAAACAGCAUGUAUAAGAGGCAGUAUCUGCAUUAAUUCUGAACAUGCUAAAUAUUCACCUAAAAUGUACUUAUUGUGAGAAUAUUCCUUAUCGCAGAAAAACACCUUCCUUUCUACUGACAACCAGUACUGCACAUCACUACAUUUAGAUUUCUGGGUAAAAUGUUAUUUCUAGUGAAUUGUUUGUAUCAGUUUCACGUCUACAUAUAAAUUUUCUAUUUUAAAAUUUAAGUACCAUUUAUAUAUAUCAUAGUCAAGACUUUCCCAACUCUUGGGUUUGUCUCCAUAACUAUAUAUUUGUGAAAGAAGAUUCUCAUUUUUUAUUCAUCAGAUAAUGAAUAGAAAAAAAUAUAGCAAAAGGAAAACCCUUCCUAUAAAUUAGUUAAUACAGGCAGGAAUCAGAAUUUUAAGUUUAAUGAGGGCCUUUAUCACACUGUCCUUUGGGACCCUACUACAUAAAGCCAGUCUGCAGCAAAGGUCAAUUAAACCAAAGGUGUGCCCCCCGGUAACUUGCCAUUGCCCUUCACAAAGAAGAUGACACAGUACUUUGAAGGAAUUUAAAUAAAUGAUGUUCAUAGAAUUGCCACAUAUGACUCACUGUUGGGGAAAGAAAAAAAAAAAAAACUUUUGGUGGGACUGGCAUCUGCCUAGAAUUUGUUAGAUACAGCUGCCCGAGUAUUUUUGACAUGACUGAGGUUGUCUUUGUGUUAUGGCAGUUGAUUAAAAAGUAUAAAAUGAGUAUGCAAUGAUUUAUUACCUGAAGGAGCACAGGAAAAGAUUUUAUUUUACUUUGAGAGAAAAAAAGUAAAUCUUCACUGUUGCUGAGAGUACUUUAAAGUCAGAUCACAAUGCAUUGUGAUAGUUUUCUCUAACAUUAAAAGGUUUAAAAAAAUUGUUUAAUGAUAUUUGUUGAGGUAUGGUUGUGGAUAAAAGGGAGAAUUAUUGCUACUGGAAACCAAUUACAGAGAGCAACUUAAAAAGAAAAUCUUCUGAAUCAUAACUAUGUAUUUAUGUAAAGUAUGGUCUCUUACCUUUCAGUUUGUAGUUUAAGUGCAAAGAAAUAUUAGUGGCUCUUGGGUUGUUGUUUUGUAGUCUUCCUGUCUCCUUCAGUCCCUCCAACGUGUAUAUUACCAUCCUUCAAUGAAAUAAUAGGGCAUUUAACAAAGAUCGCUAUGUGCAAUACUGUAUUUAGUGUUUCUAUUUUAAUUUUUCUAGGAUGUUAAUUUAUAUGAAAAUAAAAUGAAUAAUAAAAGUUG